AUGAAACUAGCAGAUUUUGCAAUUUUUUGGCUGGGCAUUAGUUCAGAAGUAAUUUCCGCUCAUUUGCACAUAGGGGAAAAUCUCCGAACCACCUUUCACAAUACGAAGGUCAUAUCUCAGUUUUAUAAAGCAGCAAAAUCGUACAAUAUAGAUGAGUUCAAUGAUCGUUUCAAUCAAAUCAGAGAUACCGUCCCUGGGGCCGCUGAACAUCUUGAACGUGUUGGAUUCCACAGAUGGAGCAGGGUAUUCUUCCCCGGAAAUAGGUAUAAUCUUAUGACGUCAAACAUUGCUGAGUCGUUGAAUUCAAUGUUCAAUGUUGAAAGAGAGUUUCCCAUUAUUGCUUUAUUUGAUGUCAUAAACAAGAGAUUUGCAGAAAAAUUUCAUGAGAGACAUACUGUACUUGCUGCAACGGAUACUAUAGCCGCUGCAAUAGAUACUAUAGUUGUUGCAGCAGAUUCCUCACAUGCUGCAGCAGAUACUAUACUUGCUACAACAGAUACUACUUGGUAUUUGUUCCAACAUAUCUGUCACUCGCGUAAAACUACUGAAACACCUUAA